GCCGGGGCUGCUCAGCCUCGGGAUGGGCUUCGCAACGGGAACGGCGCUGCCUUUCGGAAUGGGAUGGGGCACUCGCGGGAUCGCAGCAAGAGUAAGAGAAGUGGGUAGGGCAGCGGCAUCCUUAAAGGGCAGCGGAUUAGCUUGAAAGGGGCUGGGAUUUCUGGCGACCGAGGGGACUUUGAGGCAGGACUUCUCUUCCAGCUUGGUUCCUUCUUUAAUCCAGAGUCAUAAUGGGGGGUUAAUGUUCUCAGUGCAAGAACAGCUGUCAUUGGAGGAACCAGAGAGCACUAAAGAUAGGAACAAGUGACGGAAACUAAAUGGACAACAAAUGAUCAAUUCAGAGAACCAACUCUGUAGCAACUUGUUGUGCAUUUCCAUAUAAAAUAUGCUACCUAUAUAUACAACUAAAUACGCAACCUAACUUUAUAAAUAUGUAGCCUUCCAUCCCGUGAUUUUUAAGUUGUCAAGUUUAUAAUGUAGGGGUUUCUCUGAAUAUGAACAGUGCUAGCUUGCUCAUACUUUCCCUCCCAUGUAAACGCAGGACAGGUUCUGAAUGGCCUGAGCAUUUGCAUCUGUACAGAACUAAUGACCUUUUUAAAGAAAAGAAUAUAAUUGUUUGUAAGCAAUUUAUGUAGUGGCUUUCCUUUCUGAACAGCUGUUAAAUGACUUUACAUAGUUUGUGCUUCCAGUAGGUAUUUUUCUGCUAUGGAAUAUUUUACAUAAUUGUCUUUGACUUCUCUUAGGGUGCUUUGUUUGCUGUUUGUUGUAAGCCUCAGGUAAAGGAUGUCUCGUGUCCCUUUGGGCAAAGUUCUACUGCGAAAUGUCAUUCGUCACACAGAUGCACAUAACAAGAUUCAAGAGGAGUCAGAAAUGUGGAAAAUACGGGAGAUGGAAAAGCAGAGUGAAGAUGUCUAUUGGGGCAAGCAAAAGAGAGUGUUUCCUAAUAGUUCCAGCAGCCGAAUGCGUAGUGAUGGGUUUGAUGAAGAGAGCCAGCAAGCAAACUGGAAGGCAAGGAACUUGGCUCCUGUGUCUGUAACGAUGGAAGAUGACCUUCGGCAUGCCCGAUAUUGGAACAAGAAGCUCUAUGAAUGUGAAGCUAACAUGCCAGACAGGUGGGGUCACAGUGGAUACAAAGAGUUAUAUCCGGAAGAAUUUGAUACGGACAGUGACCAACAAGAGCAAGAGGAACAAAACUCUGUGAAUGGAAAAAGAAAAUCUCAUCCUGGCAAGCAGGCUUCUCUUGAGCUGUCCAAAAGGAAAAAAGCCAAAAAGUCACACAAGAAGAAGCGGAAAAAGAAAUCUCACAAGAAGCGGAAGAAGAAGAAACGGGAGCAGCUGAGCACAACGGCAGAGUCCUCCCAGGAGUCUGAAUGCUCAGAGGGAGUUGCUGGCAGGAGGAAGCGGAAACGUCAUAAAAAGGCCAAGAAGACAGCAGCAAGGACCCCUGUCUCUUCCUCAGGGCGAGACAGUAACUCCAGCAAGGCAAGCACUGGUGUCUCCAGUAGCUCUGAGGACAGUGAUCCGGAGGAGAAGCAGGAAAGGCAGCCGAAGAAGAAGAGAAGGAAACACCGUGUUCCUGCAUCAGAGAGAUGCAGUGAGAGGGUGCAGGAGAAGCGCAGCAAGAGGAAGAACUGGAAAGUGGCGGCUGAUGAGAAUUCAGAGGAUAGUUCUGAUGAGGACUAGCAAAAAGGGACCCACUGGUUCUGUUUGUGCUUUGGCUUAUCUUCAGCAAGAACAGAUCUUACCUCCAGCUGCUGCCCCCUUGGAACAAACAGGUGCCUGAAGUGGCUGUGUGAGAGCUCUUACAAAUGGGCCCUGCAAACCUUGGUAGCUUGCAAGGGACAUCUUUCCCUCCCAUGAUUAGAAACUCAGUGAAAAUCGAGAUUUCUCAGCCAGAGGGCCUGUUUGUCCACUCGAUUCUGGCUGGAUCACUGUAACAAUCUCAACUCUUAAAUCAAGAAGUGCUAGUCUUAGAGACAGCACAGAAGGGACCUUGGUGACACCAGGUCCACUUUUUAAAAACCUGACUAUUUUUAAUGGCCAGUGCAUACAUUUUUCUUGCAAUGAACAAUGAAGGGAAAAGGUUAGACACUGCCCAGGUUGCCGACUUCCAUGUGCUGCACACCAUUAUCGCUUGAGUGGUAAAGCAGGAGUUUGUGGACAAGGGAUGGCAGCAGAAACACGGGUCAGGCAAGGAGAGAGCAGCACGGAGUGUGUGGCCUACCUAGGUUCACGCAAGACCUACUGCAAUGUAGAACUAUCACACAGUUGUCAUUGUGAGCUUCAGCAUAAACUGUCUCUGCUUGUCCUCUUGGGACAGAGGGAGCUCAGAGCCGAGCCAGGCCUGCAGAAGUACAUCCCGUAAGUAACAGCUGUCAUUUUUCUGGGGAGCAAUGAACAUUUAAGGUGCUCCUUCCCGAGUUUUUGCCAUGCAGUUAAGGGUGUCUAUUACCAAGCAAAUGUUAGGACGUGAGUGACAGCAGGUGGGAUGAUGGAGCAGUAGUUCUCAGUGAACAGCACAGAAGCAGCCAGGACCUUUCUCUUGAGAUGCUUCGCCCGGAAAUUUAAACUAAGGACAUAGACCUGUACCGACAGAGUGUAACCCAUCAGGGAUGGGUUGGCUUUCAUGUAAAAUUAUUCCAAGCUCCCAAGUGACCAUGUUGACUUUGUGUCUGGAGGCAGCAGGAGAGGUGGAUUUGUUCAGAAGGCUGACUUAGCUCACCACAGCCCAAGGGCUGCGGAGGUAGCCUUUCCACCAUACACUCAGUCAUAACCUCCACUACCCCAAUUUCUUGCUUUUUAAUUCUCAGAGGUAUAUUCCUUCCAUGGAUCUAGUGUGGUUAAGUCUUCCUCAGAAGGGCUUGGUGCUCCAACACUGGGUUCUUCGCAUGCUCAACAAAUUGAAAUUCCAACUUCCUUGGAGGAAACUGACAAUCAGCUGUAAAACUGCUGUGUUUGCCAAAUAGAUAAUGUCCAUGCUUAAUUUACAGAAGAGGACUGUUGCAAGCGCCAGGCACUAACUCAGGAUAAUGGGCUGGUUAGAACAGAGGCUCACGCCUGCCCCCACUCCCAAUUCCUGGCUCGUCAGUUGUUUCCUAUUAAUGGUUCCACACCAUAUUCUUUAGCGCAAUAAUUUCCUGCAGGAGCGUUGCUUUUAUCAGCCUUUUGACCACUUUUUUCCCUCUUGGCCCAGAGAAACCAGUGUCUGGCAUCCCAUGCCUAUGGAACACGAUCCAGAGAUUAGAAUGCCAGACUUUUCUGUUCUGUGUUGUGGUACCAGCAUAUACAGUUUAUUUUUGAAAGUAAUUCUAAUAUGUUGAUAUAAAAAGCAAAGCAACAGACGUACUUUUUACAAAACGGAACUAUUUUUUAUAUGUGUAAAAUACUGGCAUGAGUCUGUUCAGAGAGUAUGUUGUAUGUUUACAACAAUAAACUGUUGAUUUCAGCCAUCAA